AGCGCCGGGAGUAAAGCGCGCCGGGACCGGAGAGCUCCGCGCAGUGCGCUGCGCUCGCGGAGCAGACGUGCCCCACGCACAGACACCCCCCCGCCCCCACUACGUGCGUGUCCGGCUGCUCAUGAAACUUGGAGAAGGCGGUUGCGUUGGGUUGCGUUGGUGGGAGCGCGCCCGCCCCAGACCGCGACGGCAGCAGCCGGGUGCGCGGCCGCGGGUCACCGCCGUGCCGCGGCGCUGGGGCGGCGGGACACGGGGUCCCUUGGGGACCGGGGGGGGCGGCUCACACCUCGGCGGGGCCCCCGCGCCUCCGGGGACCCUCCGCGACCCGGACCCAGCCGGGACGGGGCGGGCCGCGCGGGUGCGCAGCGCAGCAGGUUUCUUAUCGGCGCCGGAGCAUCGGGGCGUCGCCGCUCGCCGGCUUCAAAGCGGGCGGCGGUGCCGCGACGGGCGCUUUUCCCUGCGCAGCCCGGCGCGGCUCAGCCCGGCGCGGCUCGGUUCGGCACACACCAUGCUGCACUGGGGGUACGACGAGCACAACGGCCACCUGAUCAGGAAGAGGAUGUAGAUGAGGCCUUCUACAGACAGCUGGAAGUAGCCUCAAAAUCACAGGCCCUGGUUCUUACGGGGGACUUUGACCACCCUGAUAUCUGCUGGAGGAACAACACAGCAAGGCACAAGCAAUCCAGGAGGCUCCUGGAGAGUAUUGGUGAUAACUUCCUGACACAGAUGGUGGAGGGGCCAAUGAGAAGAGGGCCUGCCCACUGGAAGGAGGUUUUCCCCGUCGCUAAUGGAGACCGCCAGUCCCCCAUUGACAUCAAAACUGAGGAAACCAAGUAUGAUCCCUCUCUCCGUCCUCUAAAUCCCAACUAUGAUCCGGCUUCUGCAAAAAUCAUCCUUAACAAUGGCCAUUCCACCAGUGUUGAAUUCGACGACACCGUGAACAAAUCAGUGCUGACGGGGGGGCCGCUCAGCGGGACGUACCGCCUGCGCCAGGUUCACUUCCACUGGGGGUCCAGCGACGACGCUGGCUCCGAGCACGCGGUGGACGGCGUCAAGUACGCAGCAGAGCUUCAUGUGGUUCACUGGAACUCAGAAAAAUAUUCCAGUUUCGUUGAGGCGGCUCGUCAGUCCGACGGAUUAGCAGUCAUGGCCGUAUUUCUAAAGAUUGGUGAAUGUAACCCUCAGCUGAAGAAGAUUACUGACCGCUUGGACACGAUCAGGAUCAAGGGUAAAAGAGCGCUCUUCACAAACUUUGAUCCUAGCUGUCUGCUGCCCAAAUCCCUGGACUACUGGACAUAUUUUGGCUCUCUCACUGUUCCACCUCUGCUUGAAAGUGUCAUCUGGAUCGUUCUGAGAGAGCCCAUAAGUGUUUGUUCUGAACAGCUAGCCAAAUUCCGCAGCCUCCUGAGCACGGCUGAGGAUGAGGCAGCCUGCUGUCUGCUGAGGAACUACCGGCCUCCCCAGCCGUUAAAGGGACGAGAAGUCAGAAGGAAUUAAAGGAAUAAAGCAAGAACCGGCCACCUCCAAAACCAUUUAGGAGGCAGAAUUAAUUUUAAUAGUUUAAUAUAGUUUGUGAUUUUUUUUUUGUGAGUUGUUAUAACAAAUAGGUGUUAUUUUAUUAUUGGUUACCAUGCAGUCAUUUCUCACAGACAAAUAUGUCCUGAGUUGUUGCAAUUUCAUCAGUGUUAGCUGGUCCAAAUGUAUUUGAGUGCAUUGGUAUGACAGUGUUGAGAUAUUAGUGUUACAUGCACGGAGUGCAGUGCUAAUCUUAAGGGCCAGAAAUGGUGAAGGAGUUGUCCAGAAUUUGCCACCAAAUUACUGAAGAGGAUCCCUGAUGUUAAUGGCAGUAAAGCUAUUGUGGGACUAUGCUUCUGGUCUCUAACAUAAGAGAUAGCCUCUACGUGAGCCUUUGCACUGUAGUUCUUUAGGAAAAAAUAUUUCAAGGCUGACAUAAUUUCCUCACUGACCUCUGGGAUACCAUGCUAACCUUCCUGCAAAAAACAGCAGCAAGUAACAGCACUUAAAUCCAUGGGCUAGAUAGAAGUAAUACAGAUAUCUAUAUGAUCCUUUUGUUCUGACUGCUUCAUAGCAGUGAUGAUGUACUGAUUGAAUGAAAAAAAAAAAGGAAAUAGUAAGGAUUGUGUAUAUUGUGGGAUCACGUCAGGGGGAUGAGGUGUUCCUAAAUUCUACCCCGUAUACUAAUGAAACUGUCCUGAAACUUGCAAAACUGCAAGGCGGAAGGGCAGAGCGGGCUCUGUUUGCACCCACCAAAAUCCAGCCUGGUGCAUCUGGCGAUCAUAAGGGACUACAUGUCAUAGUCCCGGACCGUAGACAGUCCAAGGACUAGUACGUCACAGUAGCAUGGUGCUCCUACCACCGAUGGGUGCUGAGGGCGAAGGGAGCACUCUUGUUCUGGCCUGUUUCCUAGCAGACCCAUUGCCCGCCGCGGUCGGAGACGCACAUCGCCCACCCCACGUCUCGCAGUGGAGAACAGCCUGCCUUUGGCACGUUACGCCUCCUGCGAAACCUGCUAAAGCUUUGCUGGCAGUGUAGGUGGCCCCAAAUAGCUGCACUUUUAAUAGUCCAAGACCAAAGAUAGCCUUUAGAGCACGACAAAGAAAUCGUAAUCAAGUCAAUAUCUAAUGAAAGAUCAACCUUAAUAGCAAUACCUUCAAGUGACUGUCUUCAUGAAUUGACUUGAGCCUGUAUUUCUCUCAGGAAUUUUUGUUAUUUGAAUGUAAUUGUUUUAUGCCAAAUUUAUUUUUAUUAUUUUUAAUGAACUUGCCAUAGGAUGUAGUUAGUAUAGGAUUAGAUUACCCUCAGACUGUGAGAACUGUGUAGUGAAAGCCAAAGAUACCUGAGAGAGGCAACUAGAGACUUCAUGGGCAGCCAGUACCACCAGCCCCUGUAGUACUUCUGACUAAACUGAUUUUCUGCCAUUGAGCUCCAUGAAUUUGUUCUUUCACAGGUUUCAUAGGCUGUGCCUCUUGCCUCAGCAGGUCUUUUGACCUUAGAUAGACAAAUAUGAGGGAAAUCACAAACUGGAUUGACUUUAUGUUCAUAUUUAUAACUGAAUAAAAUAGACGUAGAGACAUAGAUAUUUUAGCUUAGUUUAAGAUAGGUGGAUAUUUUUGUCCUCUCCUCCCCAGAAUAUAGCUAGUAUUGCUGCAAGGCCUCUCCGCCUUAUGAAUGUUUUCUGAAGGCACAAGCACAAAUAGGUCAUGGGAGGAAUAAAAGGCAUUUGGCAGCAGCAAGUACUAGUACUAACCACGGGGAAAAACCUGCAGGCACUUUUUUGUUUUCCAGCAUGGGGAGAAGAAUCCAGCUGGAAAGACCUCAGCCUGGUCCCUUCUGAGUGAGGGCUUGUGGAAAGUGUGUGUGGAGAGAGCGCGAGUGUGUUGUGUAUUUUCACACCCCUUUUUUAAGAUUUAGUGUUGCAUCUGAUAUAUUUCCCUAUUGUGUAAGUAGCUGCAGAACAUGAACAAAUUGUUUACAAGUUGUAUGAAGGUUAUAAAGUUUGUUUGCCUCAGAAGAGGAAGUAAUAAGCCUACUACUUCAUGUCAGAAGCAAAAAUUUCAGAUGUUUUUACACAUUGAAAACAGUGGAGUUGAUCCAGAGCUUUGAUAUUUAUAAGGAUUUUAUCAAAAUAAAAAUGGAUUUUAUGAA